AUGCAUCUUAAAGUGUUAAUAUUUGUAUUGGUGACAAAUUUGCACUUGGAAUGUAGGACAAUCAAAUUGACUUUUAAUCAAGAGGAAGGAAACCAAGUCAUUUCUUAUUUUCAUAAUUUAGAUAAAAUAAAUAUUACCUGUGAAGCUGGUCAAGGUUUCACUUUAGAAGAAAGUAAAAUUCUUUAUAACAAUAAAGAAAUACCAAGUCGUUAUAUUUCUCGUCAAAAAAAUAGUACUACAUUAAUAAUUCAAAAUUUUGUUCCUAAUUCUCCUGAAUCAAAAUUUGAGUGUGUUCUAAAAAAUACUUUUGAUAAUAAAACAAAGUCAUUAAAAGUUAUCUUUUACAAAAUGUGUACUAUUAAUCAAUGUUUAAAUGGAGGAACAUGUUUUGUACAAGGAAAUGUUGAAUUUUGUCAAUGUCCAUAUGAAUAUCAUGGAACAUUUUGUGAAAAAUUUAUACCUGACAUAAAUUUAUUUGGAAUAUUUUAUAAAAAUGGUAUGCAAUUACCUGCUUCAACAAUUGUUACAUUAUUGUUACUUAUUAUAAUUAUAUUAUGUAUUUUUAUAUUUUGGUAUAUAACUACGUAUACAAAAUGGGGAGUUAAAAAAAUUCAUAAAUUUUAUCUUAAAAGACAUCGAACUGUUGUUAUGGAUACCGUAAAUGUUGAAGUAAAGGAUAAAAAUGAAACAAUUAAAAUGGAUGAAUCAAAUUAUGAUUUAGCAAUAAAUAAUAAGAUUGAGGAUGAAACACCAUUUAUUGAUGAUCCAGGACAGAACUAUGACAAUUUAAAUCCUAAAGUAUGUCAAAGUAUGUAUCAAAUGAAAUUAAAUUUUUUUAAUAAAAAUGAUAAAUGA